AUGUCUUUCGCAGGUCUCCACGCUCACAACUACUCCCUCUUCGCCAUUCCGGCUGGAUGGGUCCUCGCCAUGGUCCCUCACUUCUACGCCAUUGGCUUGUACAACAAGGAGAGGGCUCCCGGAACAGCUGAGUGGGACAACAUGCUCCCUUACGCGAACCGCAGCGAGGGUCUCAAGAACGCCAAGAUCAGCCCGUACAUGGCCCAGAGGUUCCUCCGUGCCGAGGCUGCCAACGACAACUCGCACACCAUCCUCCCUUACUUUGCCGCUGCCGUCCUCGCCGGCAACUACGCCCGCCUGACCCCCCGUUUCCUCAACAACACGGUCCUCUUCUUCUUCGCCGCCCGAGGCGCAUACAUCUACUUCUACAUCAACGGGACCACCCCGCUCAUGUCCAAGCUUCGCUCGGUCUCGUACGUCGCUAGCAUCGUUGCCUGCAUGACCCUCUUCAGCCAGGCUGGCCGUGUCCUUUACUAG